GACUACUCAUUUCUUAGAUAUUUAUUGUUGUAAAAUGGUACUCCAACCCUAGUAUUCUGUGAUAGUACUGAGAAUUUACAGAUUUGGAGCCCAUUUUGUUAAAAUUACAACCAUAUUCACAGAUAUACGUUCAAACUCAACCAACCAAAAAACCUCCUGUCACUCAUAGGACAACAUUGACAAAAGAUACAGAAAAUAGUGUUUACAUUUUGACGAAUAUCAUAGUUUUUGGGUAAAAUGUUACAGAACCCGCCAGUUUAACGUUAGAACAAGAUAUACCGGCUGCAUUUUAAAGUUUGAAUUUUCAGACAUGGCUGGCAUUAAAGCACUGGUAUCUCUGGCAUUUGCGGGCUCAAUUGGGAUGACUUUUGUUAUUUUAGCAUGCGCUCUACCGCAGUACGCCAUCUGGUGGCCUUUCUUUGUCGUCCUUUUUUAUGUACUAGCCCCAAUUCCAACCCUUAUGAGUAGGCGCUACUCCGAUCCCUCCAACUCCGGUCAUUCGUGCCUCGAAGCCGCAAUAUUCGCGACAAUGGGUGUACUAGUCUCUUCUUUCGCGCUGCCAAUAGUAUUAGCCAGAGGAGGACAGAUUCUAUGGGGAGCUUGUUAUCUCACCCUGGCAGGGAACUUUAUAGUGUAUGGCACGUUGCUAGGAUUUUUCCUGACAUUUGAAGCUGAAGACUCAGACUACAACAUGUGGUAAUAUUCAAAAUGUACUCGCGGAGAAAUAAACGAAUAUAUAGGGUGGUUCUAUCUCGUAUUUACACUUUAUAGAAUCACUUUGUGCUAACAUCUCGCUAUCUGUAUAACUGGUGUAUUUAAUCUGUAGUUUUUAAUGUUUACUUAAGACUUGUAUUACCUAAGGCUAAAAUAAUUUACCAUUUCCUUUUUCCCUUUAUAUAAUUUGAAAAUUUGCGUUAAUAGCCAAAUGUUAAUAUAUUUUUUGACACUU